AUGAAUAACAGCGGUGGUGCCACUAUUAGCCCAGACUUGGUCCCUGACGAACUUUAUCAGCCUAGCUCGUGGCAAUAUAAAGGUGAAGGAAAUUCGAAUAUCAUUUUAACGUAUAUUGGGGAACUCGAUAAUUUUAAAUUGACUGUUCUUCGAUUACGAAAAUCCGAGGAAGAGAAGAAGGAUGCCUUGAACAUUAAUAAUAAUAGCGGUGGUUUUAGCAAUAAACAAGACGAGCAACAAGAUAAUUCGAUACAAUCAUCAUCUAUCGACCCACAAACAUUCACAGUUUUUUAUGUCCGGGACGUGAUCGCUCCUUUGAUCGGUACAGAACACACAAGUGAAUUGGCACUACUGCGAGUAACACCUACUUUCCUACAAAAACUCUCCAAAUCGAUAUCUUCACACCGCUCGUCAAAUAGGGUAAAUAAAGACAUUGAUCUCAAGCAACGAUACGCGAUUCUUUCUCCAGAUUACACGAAAUUUCAAUCUAAUAAUAGUAGUAGUAGUAAACAGCAAGAAUCACCGACUAAUACGAUAUCUAUUGAGAUCAAGCCAAAAUGGGCGUUCAUUCCCACAUCAACCCACAUUGCCGCGUCAAACUCGAUCAAACGCAAAACCUGUCGUUUUUGCAUGCACCAGUAUUAUAAACACAAAACAACAACAACCGCAGUAGUGACCGAUUAUUGUCCGUUGGAUUUAUUUUCGUUAAAAGAAGAUCGAUUGAGACGUGCAAUCGGCGCAUUGAUUUCCACGCCUGUGAACAAUUUUAAACUUUUUGUAGAUGGAUUAUUGGUUGAUCUUGCAAAGACCAAUUGGCAGCUUUUAUUAAAAGGUUUCUUCGUGCACGAAAAGAACGGGACGAAUACACUUAACGAGGAUAAUGAUAAUGAUAACGCAAGCAAAAUAACCGAAUAUCUGAUAACAUUAUUAACCGCAACAAUCCUAAAAGAACAUAUUCUAUUUUCACGACUCAAACAUCUUCAAAAGACACUUGACGAAUUAGACAUCGAAGGGAUCAUGAAAUUGUUGUCGUCACCAACAUCAUCCUCAUCCUCGUAUAUUCAACAGUUAUUUGCAGUCGAGCCAUCGUUAGAAGAAUGGCGCACAGCUUCUUUACGAUACCUCGAGCGAAUUGAAAAGCAUACGGGAAAUGGUACACUGCAAUCAUCGAAUUUUAACGACAAUAAUGGCAGUAGCAAUGAGAAGCCAUUGAUGGAUGAUGCAGAGAUCAAGCAACGAAUUCUAGAAUUCCUUUUCUCGACCACUUUAAAAGAUUCUAUCUUGAAACUCGAUUACUAUCAUGACCUCGACAUGAAAAUUGUGAGAAAUUUUUUAGAUUAUAUCAAGAAAGAACUUGAAGAAACUGAUGAUAAUAGUCAUUCAGUAUUUUUGGGUGCAAAUAAAAGGAAAUGCUUUGAAUAA